UUUCCCAGUUUAGCGCCUCACCUGAAGGAGGUGGUCUGGGAUCAGCAGAGAAGGGGUCCCUGCAAGAUUCAAGGGUGAGCUCUUCAGCAGUGCAACUGCCUGUGCUCUGGAGAAGACACCAUGCCUCGUGGCCAUAAGAGUAAGCUCCGAGCCCGGGAGAAAAAGCGCCAGGCCCAAAAUGAGACCAAAGCCCUAGAGGAUGCUCAAGCUACUGCAGCUAACCACCCCUCCCAGAAUUUGCCUACCAUGGGGACAGAGGACUCUCCACUGUCCUUCCAGGGGGCUGCAGCUGCAGCUUUCACAGAUGCCCAUGGAGAUGGCGAGGGAAAUCCCAGCUCCCCUCAGGCCAGUAAGAGCCUCAGCAAAGAUCCCUUAACAAAGAAGGUGGUCUUAUUGGUGAGGUUCCUGAUGGAAAAGUAUCAAACGAGAGAGCCAGUUACAAAGGCAGACAUGGUGAAUUCUGUUGUCAAAUCGUACAAAAAUCACUUCCCCAAGAUCCUCAAGAGAGCCUCUGCGCUCCUAGAGCUGGCCUUUGGGGUUGACCUGAAGGAAGUGGAUCCCAUCAGGCACUGCUAUGCCUUUAUCAACAAGCUGGAUUUCAGCGUGGAUGAGAGGAUUCUUCAUGAAGACAGCAUGCCCCAGACUGGCUUCCUGAUGAUGGUGCUGAGUGUGAUCUUCCUGAAGGACAACUGUGCCUCCGAGGAGGAGGUCUGGGAAAUGCUGAAUAUGAUGGGGAUAUAUGCUGACAAGACACACUGCAUCUAUGGCCAUCCCAAGAAAGCCCUCACCCAAGAUUUCGUGCAGCUGAAGUACCUGGAGUACCGGCAGGUGGCCAACAGUGAUCCCCCACGCUAUGAAUUCCUGUGGGGCCCCAGAGCCCACGCCGAAGUCACCAAGAUGAAAGCCCUGGAGUUCUUGGCCACCAUCAGUGACACCACCCCCAGUGAUUUAUCACCCUGGUAUGAAGAGGCUUUGAGAGAGGAGGAAGAGAGGUUGCAAGCCAGACUUGCAGCCAAGGGCUCGAAACAGGGCAAGAGCCGCCGAAAGCCCUGCCCCAAGUGAAAGCUAAAAAAAAAAAAUCUUCUCUUUUUGUUUAAAAUAGGCUUGCAAUAUUCUAAUAGUGGAGGGUCAGUUUAGCGCUGGAGAAAAUAAAAAAUAUAUACAUCCUCUUUUCAUUCCUGUCAACAUGUAUAACUUGGAAUUUUACCUUUCUUCCCCCUUUUUAAGCAGAAAUUUCAAAUGCUGCAAUUUGCAGCAGAUUCUUUUCGUUAUGGGAAAACAGGCAGUGGACAUAGUUUGAAGAGUGGCGAGCCUGGCCGGGGCUGGAGAAAGUGCACCGUCAAUAUUAUCUUUGUGCUGCUCUUCUGCGCUGGAACGCUGAGUACUUUCUGCCUCCUCCCUCCCUCCCUGUGCCCUACUCAGCCUCCCAUUCUUUCUUCUUCUUGUUAUCAAAUGCAGUUCCUUUGAGUAGAAAGUUUUAAAAAGCUUCAGAAUGCAGAUUCAUCCGUGGCUUUGGUCACAUAUUUAUUGCUGCUUAAUCGAUCUAAGCCUGGGAGUUUUGUUAUUUUGCAGAAGAAGUGGGUGAACGUUCCUUUAUGCUCAGUGCUCCAGAACAAGAUAAGGAGGCAUUGGAACAGGCCCUUGCUUGGAUGUGAAUGAAAUCAGCAGGAAAUAGUUGGGGUCAAGAAAGAGAGACAGAGAGAGAGAGAAGUCAAUGAGGGUCCGUUCUUGGUAUCCCACAUCAAUCUAUCCCAUUGGUUACUGAAAAUAAAAGAUAUACCCAUGGGUUAUUCAACAAUAUUAAGAGAAAUAAAACUUUU